UAUUUUAAGUUUAUCUGGCUGUGUUUAAUUCUAGUUAAUAGUCUUAUAAAACUUAAUGAAUGCAUUGAAUUGAAAAACAGACCAUUGGUUGCGAUAUUAUCUCAAAAAUACUAUUCACAACCCUCUAAGUCAUAUAUAGCGGCCAGUUAUGUCAAGUUUGUGGAAAGUGCGGGCGCUAGAGUGAUACCAGUUAUGAUAGACAGGGAUGAGAACUACUAUCGAGAUAUCAUUAAUAAGACAAACGGACUGUUGAUUCCGGGCGGAGGACAGGAUUUGUUAACAUCUGGUUAUGCAAAGGCCGGCCGACUAUUAUGGCAAUUGUCGACCACAGAGUUUAAAGACAGAAAGUAUCCGAUUUGGGGCACAUGUCUGGGCUUUGAACUCAUCAUUCAAUUCUACGCCAACAACACUCUGAGUGAUUGCGAUGCCAUCGAUGUAUCCAAUAGUUUGACAUUUGUUGAGCCCAUUCAAGACAGUAGACUCCUUCAGGAUAAGUCCAUUGUUGAAAUUCUUGCGGGACAAGAAGUUACUUAUAAUUAUCAUAAAAAGUGCUUAACAUUGGAAACUUUUAAUAAGACACCGGAACUUAAGAAAAAUCUUCGGUUAUUAUCUACGAAUAAGGAUAAGAAAGGUUUAGAUUACGUGUCAAUGUUUGAAUCCAUCAAUUAUCCCAUAUAUGGGGUUCAAUGGCAUCCCGAGAAGAAUCCGUUUGAAUUCGCAUACAAUGCAAAGUAUCUGAAUAUUCCUCAUAACUCGAGUGCCAUUAAAGUGAGUCAAUACAUGUCCAGCUUUUUUGUGGACGAGUGUCGCAAAUCAGUCCAUCCUAUUGUGAAUGCCAAAGAGGAGUCCGAUUCACUUAUAUAUAAUUAUCAACCUGUAUAUACCGGUGGGAAGACAAACUAUACCUACGAACAGAUAUAUCUAUUCAAUUCACAUAAACCUAAUCAUUGGUCCGUUUCUAUCGGGUUUCUGAUCAUUACUGUUAUCUUAGUUCUCAAUCUCUCUGUUAUUUGA